AUGCCAAUCACGCAGAUCUCAUGUUCAGAUAAAGCCUGUGAUGCUUUGGAUUGCACAGUCACACAUUCUUGCCUUUCCGAGGAAAUCAUAGCAAAAGAGCAGCAUGUGUUUGUGAAUAUAAGAUAUGUCAAGAUCAUGGUGCAUCUAUGUAGAGCAGAGCUGGCAAUCUCCUUUGCGUUUCUGGCUCACGGACUCACUUGUCCCGGCUAUCCAAAGGAAGCAGAGUACCAGAGCACAUGUCACAUGAAUACGGUAGCAGCCCUGGUGGGACUACUUACGGGAGCACUAGGACUUGGAGCAGUGCACAGGUAAAA